AUGCCCACCCCCGGCAUCCUCUACGCUGCCGGGCGCAUCACCUCGCCCGACCUCACCCCCGCCGCCUUCACCGAAUGGUACAACACGGUGCACAUCCGCGAAGUGCUCUCAAUCCCAUCGGGGCCACCACGCGCCUACCGCUUCGAGAACACGGCUACCACCACGGACGCACCCACGCACCCCCCCUACCUAGCCCUCUACCCCGUCGACGACCUCUCCAUCGUCUCGUCCCCCCACUUCGCCGCCCUGAGCGACACCCACCCCCUCCUCCCGCACGGCGCCUCCUACCUCUCCCUCACGGCGUUCGACGUGCGCGUGUACGCUACCGUUGAGACGUACACCAAAGAUACUGCUGCGUCCGCCCCCACGCCCACACCCACACACGCCCUCACCCUCGCCCUCGCUCCCUCCUCCAGCACCUCCCCCACGCAGCUCACAGCAUGGACCCGCGCCGCGCACCGCGCGCUCGCAGACCGCGUGCCCGGUUACGUCCGCUGUACGCGGUAUUCGCUCGUCGCGGCGCCGCUGGCGAACGCAAGGCCUAGAGGCGAGGGCGAGGCGGUGCCGAGCGAGCUUCUUGUUUGUGAGUUCGCGGGGGAGGGUGUGCCGAGCGUGCAAGAGCUCGAGAAGAUUGUGCGCGCGGCCGAGGGCGGGGAGGCCGUGGUGGGCGGGGCGGGGAUCCUGGAGCAAGAUCUCUGGGGGUUGGUGUUCGAGGGGCGGAAAGAGGACGUUGAUGGCGAGGGUGGGAAGGCGUGAGACGUGAGGGCUCGUUUUGUUGUUGGUGGUGUGUGUGGUUGUGGUUGUCUUGUCUACAUGCUGUAUGCUGUACGCUGUACGCUGUGUGUUGUCACGAAGAGAGAGGAAGAUGAUGAUGUACUGUACUUCAUAUAUAGCGUCCGUCACCGAGAACCGAGAUCCGCCGUCUAGCGAGACAGUGGACGACACAAGCAGUCCCUACAGAGUACUCCUUGUCUAGCUCAUAUCCCGAGUCCUGGAUAUAGAUGUAAAGGUCUUAGAGCACGCA